CUAUCCGCUUUCCCGCAGCCCCAGGUCAUCACGAUCUCCCCGGUCUCCACGGUCCCCGCGGCCCCGCAACCCUAGGCCAUGGCCCCCGCGGCCGCCAGCCCCCCGGAGGUAGUCCGCGCGGCUCAGAAGGACGACUACUACCGCGGCGGGCUGCGGAGCGCGGCGGGCGGCACCCUGCACAGCCUCGCGGGUGCGAAGAAGUGGCUGGAGUGGAGGAGAGAGGUUGAGCUGGUGUCGGAUGUCGCCUACUUUGGCCUCACUACACUGGCAGGCUACCAGACCCUCGGGGAGGAGUACGUCAGCAUCCUGCAGGUGGACCCGACCCAGGGCCGAGUGCCCUCGAGGUUGCGCCGUGGGAUACUGGUGGCGCUGCACACCGUCCUGCCCUACCUGCUGGACAAGGCCCUGCUCCACCUGGAGCACGAGCUGCAGGCCGAUGGUGACGGCGCCUGGCCCUCACGGGGCAGCCUGGCCCCCAGUGCCCGUGGCCAGUCGGGGACAAGACGCUGGAUGCGCCGGUGCACGGCCGCCUUGACGGAGCAGCAGCAGGGGACGCUCCUGCGGGCUGUGUUGGUGUUCAGGCAGGGCCUCGGGUGCCUCCAGCGUCUCCACGUCGCCUGGUUCUACAUCCAUGGCGCCUUCUACCACCUGGCCAAGAGGUUCACAGGCAUCACCUACCUCCGUGUCCGCCAUCCGCUCGCAGAGGACCCUCGGGCCCGUGCCAGCUACAGGCUGCUGGGGCUCGUGUCCCUGCUGCACCUGGCACUGGCCGCGGGCCUGCAGCUCUACGGCUUCCGGCAGAGGCAGCGCGCCCAGAGGGAGUGGAGGCCGCAGCGUGGCCUGUCCCACCGCAGGAGCUACACAGAGAGAGCAGUUUCCAGAACCUCGCUGUGCACCCUGUGCCUGGAGGAGCGCAGGUACUCGACGGCCACGCCCUGCGGCCACCUGUUUUGCUGGGGCUGCAUCACCCACUGGGCCGACACCAAGAUGGAGUGUCCCCUCUGCAGGGAGAAGUUCCUCCCCCAGAAGCUGGUCUACCUGCGGCACUACCACUGACCCGACGGAGGGAGGAACCCAGGAGUCCUUCCUGAUGUCAGGAGGAAGUUUAUUCUCAAGGUUGACAAGUUGACUGCACUUGCACAGAAAUCAUGAAACUCUCAAGUCUUUUAUUCUUUGUCACAUAAGAUACCGUGCCAGCCGCCGGGGAGGACAGGCGCUGGACCUGGCCGUGAAAUGGCUUCAGGGCAGGUUGGGCAGGGCCUGCAGGGCUGCCAGCCAGACAGCUCAGCACUUAAACAGAACUUCCCUCCCUUCCCCAAACCGGUCGUUUAUAUCCAAUACCAGGCACACAGUGAGGGCAGGGCCAGACGGGCCAGGACUGAACAAGGGCCGGGAACCAGCAGCCUGCCUUCCCAGCGUGGUCAGUCUUCCAGCCCAAACGACCCACAAACCUUAACCCUCGUCACUGGAGCUGGCUUUUGGGGCGAGGGGGCACAGCCCUUCCCGGAAAGGAGCCGUGAUUGCCCCCUAACACAUUUGGCAGGUGCCUUCUAAUAAAUGUCAAGUUUGUUUCCCAUUUUA